AUGGCUGAGAACGGAGGCCCAAUCCCCUCCAUGAAUGAUCUCUUGCCGGACGAUGGUCCCUCACCUCCCCUUGCCAAGAAGGUCUGCACCGGCGAGGCCUCAUCCUCCGCGCAGCCCAUGCCUAUUCAGCCAACGGAGCCCGAUGCUGGUUUCUAUGACAUCACGCUCAACGCGGCUGACACAAGCUCCCCGCCACUUCCUAUGCUGAACGGCCCACACCAACGGCUUUGUCGCAACCGUGGUAUCGUGGGUGUGAUGGUUGAAUUGCUGGUUUGUGGUACGGUUAACCUCGUUACGAUUAUCUUCCCUGACAACCUUGAUGAGUCUCACCGCAGUAAGAUUGUGAACUGUGUUCGGCUUGGUCUCCGCCCUGCGCAGUUUCCGCACUCCGGUCGUGUCCCUUACUUCGACUCAUCGGCCGGGGAGAUCCUGCGUCUCCCUCGUCGCUCCUACACGCGACACAUCUUUCAGCUGCCGACGCGUGAGGACGCGAGGUGCUUCCGACAUGUCUUCCUUAUUACCUACACCGCCAAUGGCGUGUCGGUGGAACUGAACAUCUUCGAUGACCCGGAACCCUCGUUCACUGCAGCAAAGGCGCGGGGCAAUCCCCACCUGGUCUUGCAUUACGACGACCAGCUCUUCGACUGCAUCCCUGCCAUCCUGUGGCUGCCAUACGUCACAGCCCCGGUCAUCAUCAACUUACCCCUGUCCCCAUGGCCGUCAAAGCCGACCCCGGAGUAA